UCAUCAUUUUUAUUAAAAAGAAACGUAGUCCCAAAAUUUCAGCCAAUUCGGAGCAUGGAGGUUUUCGGAAGUACAACCUCCUAUUGAUACCAUGGUACCGAUAUACGGUAAAACAACUCAUUUGAAUUUGAUGUGUUAGUUUUGUUUGGCAACAAAGAAUUGUGUGGUUAAAUGCAAAAAGGAAAGUUUGCUGAUCGUUCACACGUGCAAUUAAUCUGAAUUAAACAAAAAACGAUGAUGUCGAUUACACCGAAAGAUUCAGAAGUUAAAGAGGUUGAUGGUAGAGGUACAAUUAAAGUUAUAGAUCGUCCUACAUUUAUAUUGAAAACCAGGGAAGGCGAAAACAGAGCUGUUUCACCAAGCCAACGUAAUGGUGGUAACAAGAAAGAGUCAGACACAUCUACCAAUGUUUCGUCAAAAGUACAAGAUUCUGUACGUACCAUAUUACCCAUGUGUCUUGAGAUGACCACUUGCGUAAAGUUCAUGGAUGAAAAUAUGCAACUUUGUGAAAAUCCUCUCGAAUUUCUGUACGAUCAACAAGAUUUCUUGGUGGUAGGAUGUUUAGGAGCUCAGGGUGUUGGAAAAUCUACUAUAAUGUCUUUAUUGACAUCCAGCUAUGUGCCUGAUGUAUUUCCAGUUCAAGAUAUAACUCAUCAUGAAAGCGGUGCAAAUUGUACCUCUGGUAUUGAUUUCUUUGUAACAAAAAACAGAGUGAUAUAUUUAGAUACACAGCCCAUACUUUCUGGAUCGAGAAUAGAUUAUUCCGCUUCUUACGAUCAAAAGAAAUCUACGACAGACUUUGUAAAUACAGAAACUAAUUUAGAAUUACAAUCUUUACAAUUUGCAGCGUUCCUCUUUUCUGUAUGUCAUGUGAUCAUUUUUGUCCAAGACUGGUUUAUCGAUCCAAACUUAGUUAGGUUUUUACAAACUGCAGAAAUGUUAAAGCCAUCUUCAACGAGUAACAUGGAUCAAGACUAUGUAGAAUACUAUCCACACAUUGUAUUUCUGCAUAACAAAGCUGAACUUGAAGAUUUCACACCGAACACUAUAGAGAAAGUUAAAGAAUUUUACAGCAAAGUAUUCUCCAGUUCUAGAUUACAAAUUAACAGUGGUUUGGAUAUGAGUAAUCAUUCGAUGGAGGCAGGGUUGAACUUAUUUUUCAUACCUCGAAUCACAAAUUACGAGGAACCAACUAUGCAUUAUAAUGAGAAGAAACUAAUAGAGAAAUUAAAAACGAAGAUACAUGGUGUUAAUAGAAAUCCAAUGACACCCUCUACUCUAACAGAAAAGAAUUGGUAUCACUACGUUUCUAGAGUAAUGGAAGCGAUCAAAAAGAGUCAUCUAUCUUCCGAAUAUGGAAGAUUAAUGCCAUAAUCGAUAAUUUCGGCUUUUAUAGUACCAUUUGGUAACUACAAUGAUAUAUACAUGAAUCCUUGACGUAUUUUCUCUAUUAUAAUCA